GAAUCAGGCAGCGCAGCUGUGCUUUGGGACGCACCUAUUGGCGUGUGACGAGCUGCAGGUGAGCGGCCGUUCUUGCAGCCAAACGUGGGAAGCCAAAUGUCAGUGUCCUUGUCUUGAUAAAAUUCGGGACAGACUUGCGGCCGGAGGCUGGCAGCGAUUUACAAGCGUCAGAACGCAACAAUGAUGGAUUGGCACAUUGGCACCGGGAGUGCCUGACAGCAGUGACGGGAGAGUCAUUUUGCAGUGCAGGUUGAUGAGGAGGUGUGGUGCAGUAGCUUCAAAGCACGCCCCGCGGCGGACUUGGACAUCGCAGCGAAUGGAAGAGCUUAGGGUGUUCUUUUACGAGCUGCUUCUUGUUCUCGGCAUGGCGGUGCAGCAGCCAAAGUGGAGCAUUGCAGGGAGCGAAGCCAAACAGCAUCUAGGAUUUGGAGAGCCGUUGCGCGUCUGCGCCAGAGGCUCGCAUUUGUUGGCAGCGGAAGAGUGGGUGGGAAAAGCGGUCGUGGCAAGUGUUCGUGCAGGAUGCGUCUGCAGGGGAGAAAAAGGAUGGCACGGGCCAAAUCGUCCAAAUCGAGCAGCAAAACAUCGCGUGCGCGACGCGUCAAAUCGCAUUUACCUUGGGAAUCGCAACAGCUGGCAGCAUGAGGCCGAAUGCCGCGCCGAUGUCUGCAGUCGAGUCAAGUGUUCUGUUGCGUGGCUGGGAAAAAAAACCGCGUGGGGACGAAAGAUGCUGGUCUUCGGUUGCAGCGCCAGCUCCUUGGAGGUUUCGCGUGUCCAUCGUCGAUCCGUUUUGUCCUAGCGCAAGCACUAUCCGCGUAGCUUAGCCAGCCGAUAUCCUGGUGGUCUUCACCGCAUCACCGCAUCACCGCACCACACCUCCACGACUUCACGACU